GGCGGAGAGGUGGGAGGAGGCUGGCGGGGCGGAGGAGGAGGGAGCGCGGCGGCGUUGCGGGCGUAUCAGCCGGUGCUGGACUAUGGUGCGGCUCGGUGGGGGCUGACGCGCCGGCGCUCCGUCCGUCCUCCUUCCCUGUCGGCGGGCAGGCGGCGAGCCCUGAGCAGCAAGUGUGGGAUGUGAGACCUGCCCUCGCCGGGGGAGUAUGAGCUGUGCCCAGGCCGGCAUUGUCCAGGAAUUGAUGCGCUUACAAUUGGCGGGUCAUUAUGCUGCUCCACCUGUGUAGUGUUAAGAAUCUGUACCAAAACAGGUUCCUGGGCCUGGCAGCCAUGGCGUCUCCAUCUAGGAACUCACAGAGUCGACGCCGGUGCAAAGAGCCUCUCAGAUACAGCUAUAAUCCUGACCAGUUCCAUAACAUGGACAUCAGGAACAAUUCCCAUGAGACUGUCACCAUCCCUAGGUCUACCAGUGACACGGACCUUGUCACUUCAGACAGCCGGUCUACCCUGAUGGUCAGCAGCUCCUACUACUCCAUCGGGCAUUCGCAGGACCUAGUGAUAUACUGGGAUAUAAAGGAGGAAGUGGAUGCAGGGGACUGGAUUGGCAUGUAUCUCAUAGAUGAGGUCUUGUCCGAAAACUUCUUGGACUACAAGAACCGUGGCGUCAAUGGCUCUCACCGUGGUCAGAUUAUCUGGAAGAUUGAUGCCAGUUCUUACUUUGUGGAGCCUGAAACAAAGAUCUGCUUCAAGUACUACCAUGGUGUGAGCGGGGCACUUCGAGCCACAACUCCAAGUGUCACAGUGAAAAACAAUGCAGCUCCUCAGAUUUUUAAAAGCAUCACCAAUGAAGAUUCAAUCCAGGGACAAGGAAGUCGGAGGCUGAUAAGUUUUUCAUUGUCAGAUUUCCAGGCAUUUGGUCUGAAGAAAGGAAUGUUCUUCAAUCCAGAUCCUUAUCUGAAGAUUUCCAUCCAGCCUGGAAAACAUAGCAUCUUCCCAGCACUUCCUCAUCAUGGACAGGAGAAGAGAUCUAAGAUCAUGUGUAACACUGUUAACCCAAUCUGGCAAGGAGAGCAGUUCAGCUUUGUCUCCCUGCCCACGGAUGUCCUGGAAAUAGAAGUUAAAGACAAGUUUGCCAAGAGCCGACCGAUCAUCAAGCGUUUCCUGGGAAAGCUCUCGAUGCCAGUUCAGCGCCUCUUGGAAAGACAUGCCAUAGGGGACAGGGUUGUAAGCUACACUCUGGGUCGCAGGCUUCCUACAGAUCAUGUCAGUGGCCAGCUGCAGUUCCGAUUUGAGAUAACUUCUUCCAUUCAUCCAGAUGAUGAAGAGGUCUCCAUUAGUGCAGAUCCUGAGCCAGCUGACCUGCAGGAAAGCCCUGUGAACAACCCUACAGAGGAAAGCCUCGGUGAGCCUCCAUGCAUCAACACAGUGACCUCAGAAAGUGCAGCUCCAGAACAGCUAAAUGGAUACAGUGUGAACAGUGUGGAUAGCCCAGGGGCUGUCAAACCACCUGGGGAAGUCAACCAGAACAGCUUAAAUGAAGAGCUAGCAGGAGAUGGGGAGGUUGAUGCGGUGCCAGUUCCUGAGCCCUUGGAAUCCAUCCCAGGAGAAGCAUUGCCGCCUUUGAAUGCCAUGGACCUCACGGAGCAGCUGGCUCCGCUGGCUUGCACAUCUCCUCCUGAGACUGAAGUUAGGGAAAAUAACAUAGUCAAUUCUGGUACUCAGGGAGAUGGUGGAGUCUUGACCAGCAUAGAAACAUUAGAUAUUGAUGAGGUGAGUGCAGCUGUGCAGGCUGGCAAGGACCUAGAGAAGAGUCAGGAAGAAGAAGGGGCUUCAGCCCAGGAGGAGGAAGACAACAAGCUACAGCUGAGGACCACAGCAAAGAGGAAAAACAGGCCAUGCUCCCUGCCUGUGUCUGAACUUGAGACAGUCAUAGCAUCUGCUUGUGGCGAGCCAGAGACCCCUCGCACACACUACAUCCGGAUCCACAACCUGCUCCACAGCCUGCCCUCAGCACAGAUGAGCAGUGAUGGGGAGGAAGAGCAAGACGGUGGCAACGGUGGGGAGAACGAUGAGGAGUCUACGGUGAAGGAGGUGCUGGAGAAGGAGGUGGUCAGUGAGAGUGAGACAGUGGCAGCAGAGCCUCCUCUCGAAAAUGAGGCUGAAGAGAACUUCAGCCAGAGAACGGUGCUUCCUGGGACCCUGGACGAGCAACUCUCUGAUUUAAAUGAUGGGCUGCUGGAUGAGGAACAUCCCAGGACAGGAAGCGAAAGCGAGUCGAGCUCCAGGCCCAAUGGUGACAACGAGUGCGAGGCGUGCGACACCUCUUGCUACAGCCCCUCUUGCUACAGCACUUCCUGCUACAGUACCUCCUGCUACAGCACUUCUUGCUACAGCACCUCCUGUUACGACAGUAACAAUCGCUUCUCCAGCCAUACCCGCUUCUCCUCUGUCGACAGUGCAAGGAUAUCUGAGAGCACGGUCUUUUCCUCACAGGAUGAUGAUGAGGAGGAGAACAGUGCUUUUGAGUCAGUGCCAGAUUCAGUACAGAGCCCUGAGCUGGACAGGGAGCAAGCGGAUGGCUCCUCCCAGUGGCCAGAUGAACUAGUAGCUCAUGGUGGGAAUCCACAAAGAGCCACAGAGAGUCUAGACACCCCCAUAGCAGGUCCAAGCAGCAGAAGAGAAGGUGAUUGUCCUUUACUCCAUAAUUCUCAGCCAGUCAGCCAGCUUCCUUCUCUGAGGCCUGACCAUCAUCACUACCCAACUAUCGAUGAGCCUCUUCCACCAAAUUGGGAAGCUCGGAUAGACAGCCACGGGAGGGUGUUCUACGUGGAUCAUGUCAACCGAACCACCACGUGGCAGCGCCCCACAGCCGCCGCGACGCCAGAUGGGAUCCACAGGUCUGGCUCCAUCCAGCAAAUGGAGCAGCUGAACCGACGAUACCAAAACAUCCAGCGAACCAUUGCAACAGAGCGGACUGAAGACGAUGCCGUAGUAAACAACAGGGUGGAGAGAGUUCCUGCUGGAGGAGGAAGUGACUCUGAAGCUGAGCCUUCCCAGCCAAGCUCAGAGGUUAGGAGGGAAGGUUCCCUUUCUCCUGUGAAUUCUCAAAAAAUCACCUUGUUGCUGCAGUCUCCAGCUGUGAAGUUCAUCACCAAUCCCGAGUUCUUCACUGUGCUGCAUGCAAACUAUAGUGCCUAUCGAGUCUUCACUAACAGUACCUGCUUGAAGCAUAUGAUUUUGAAGAUCCGUAGAGAUGCUCGUAACUUUGAGCGCUAUCAGCACAACAGAGACCUGGUAAAUUUUAUCAACAUGUUUGCUGAUACUCGGCUGGAGCUUCCUCGUGGCUGGGAGAUUAAAACUGACCAGCAGGGCAAGUCUUUCUUCGUGGACCACAACAGCCGUGCUACCACGUUCAUUGAUCCCAGGAUCCCGCUGCAGAAUGGUCGUCUCCCCAAUCACCUGACUCACAGGCAACAUCUUCAGCGACUCCGUAGCUACAGUGCUGGAGAGGCCUCUGAAGUCUCUCGGAACAGAGGAGUUACUCUGUUGGCUCGGCCUGGCAAUAGUCUUGUAACAGCUAUUCGAAACCAGCACCAUCAUGAGACAUUACCUCUGGCUUACAAUGACAAGAUUGUUGCAUUUCUACGCCAACCCAACAUUUUUGAGAUGCUGCAGGAGCGUCAGCCCAGCUUGGCCAGAAACCAUGCACUCAGGGAGAAGAUCCAUUACAUUCGGACAGAGGGUACACAUGGGCUUGAAAAGUUGUCCUGUGAUGCAGAUUUAGUAAUUCUGCUGAGCCUUUUUGAAGAGGAUAUUAUGUCCUACAUACCACUGCAGGCUGCCUUCCAUCCUGGUUACAGUUUCUCUCCUCGCUGCUCACCUUGUUCCUCACCCCAAAAUUCUCCAGGACUGCAGCGAGCAAGUGCAAGAGCACCUUCUCCAUACAGGAGGGACUUCGAAGCCAAGCUGCGCAAUUUCUAUCGAAAACUUGAAGCCAAAGGAUACGGGCAAGGUCCAGGUAAAAUUAAGCUAAUUAUACGCCGUGAACACUUGCUGGAAGGCACCUUCAACCAGGUGAUGGCCUAUUCACGCAAGGAGCUCCAGCGCAACAAGCUCUACGUCACCUUCGUUGGCGAGGAAGGGUUGGAUUACAGUGGCCCUUCCCGAGAAUUUUUCUUCCUUCUGUCUCAGGAGCUCUUCAAUCCCUACUAUGGUCUGUUUGAAUAUUCAGCCAAUGACACUUACACUGUACAGAUCAGCCCCAUGUCUGCCUUUGUUGAAAAUCACCUGGAAUGGUUCAGGUUCAGUGGUCGUAUUCUUGGCCUUGCUCUCAUUCAUCAGUACCUUCUUGAUGCUUUCUUCACAAGGCCCUUCUACAAAGCACUACUAAGGCUGCCCUGUGACUUAAGUGACUUAGAAUACCUGGAUGAAGAGUUCCAUCAGAGCUUGCAGUGGAUGAAGGAUAACAACAUCACAGAUAUCCUGGAUCUAACCUUCACAGUGAACGAGGAGGUGUUUGGACAGGUGACAGAGAGAGAGUUGAAAUCUGGAGGGGCAAAUACAGCAGUGACAGAAAAGAACAAAAAAGAGUACAUUGAGAGAAUGGUGAAGUGGCGAGUGGAACGAGGAGUGGUUCAGCAAACAGAGGCCCUGGUCCGUGGCUUCUACGAAGUUGUAGACUCCAGGCUUGUCUCUGUUUUUGAUGCCAGAGAACUGGAGCUGGUUAUAGCUGGCACUGCAGAAAUAGAUCUCAAUGACUGGCGUAACAACACAGAAUAUCGUGGAGGUUACCACGAUGGACACAUAGUCAUCCGGUGGUUCUGGGCAGCAGUGGAGAGGUUUAACAACGAGCAGCGGCUGCGGCUGCUGCAGUUCGUCACUGGGACAUCGAGUGUGCCCUACGAGGGCUUCGCCGCGCUCCGGGGGAGCAAUGGGCUGCGGCGCUUCUGUAUAGAGAAAUGGGGGAAAAUCACCUCCCUCCCAAGGGCACACACAUGUUUCAACCGUUUGGAUCUUCCACCUUACCCCUCAUAUUCUAUGCUGUAUGAGAAGCUGCUGACAGCUGUUGAAGAAACUAGCACCUUUGGACUUGAAUGAGGGGGUUCAGGCACUUCUGGUGUUUUUCUGGCUGAUGAUGUCACCUUUCCUGUCCACCAUCAUUUGAUCUUGGUUCCCCAUCUUUUUAUUUUUGAAAACAAAACAAACAAAACGAAGCAAACAAAAAAAAUAAUCAAGAUUAACAAAAGCUGUGCAUGAAGAACUGCCACCCUCUUCUAAGAUCUAACCUUCAUGCUUUCAUCCUGUUUCCAAUGGACUGCUAGUCUGUAUGCAAUAGAAAACCAACUGUCUCAAGGUUUCUGUAUAUCUCUACAUACCUCCAUUAAUAAUGAUGAAAAUACAAAUGCAAGUUACACUACACUUGACCAAAUGUUAAUAAAUGUUUACUUCCACCCACGUUGAUUAAAAAAUAAAGAAAAAAAACCCAACUCAUCAAGCAUUCCAAGCUUUUAUAUGCCCACACCUUCUAAAUCAGCCCAUCCUACUUCUUAACCAUUGAAUCCGGUACUAGGAGCUGGUCAAAUAGAUCUUCAUCCAUCCUGGUUUUCCCUGUACGUAUUGUCCAUCUGAGAGACAUCUAUGAGCAAAACUGAAAUUUUAUACGCGAACUCGAGAUCCACAUCAGUUGCAUCAGCUGGAACUGUCCCAGAUCCAUGGUGCAGAUAAGACCUUCAAAAACUAAAAAACCAACCUGUAACGCAAUGCAAAGCAUAACAGCGAUUGUUAUGGUUGCUGCUUGCCAGUACUGGAGAGAACUUGCACUUCAGAGAUAUUGGGAGGGGCAUCUCCAUUGUAAUGUUUACCACACAAGAAGCACAAGGUUGUGCACACUCAAGAAGGAUGUUUUAUUAUGUAGCAUAAAGGACAAGGCUCCCUUACCUUAGUGUUGUAUAUGACAAAGGAAAGGGGAAUAAGAAGAAUGUUCUACUCUUACGAAUACCCUUGGGUUCUGUUUACCAGGUCUUUGUUUUCUGAUGUUAAAAAUGCUCCUUUCCAAACGAGAGGUCUAGACAAUCCCAUCCCCUGUGUCAGAAGCCAUUUAUUUUAUGUCAGGCUGAGCUAAUCUAUGGUUGCUGGGGGCAGUUUUGGGUUCUGUCAUUUUUCUUUUCUUGUCCAGUGGAAAUCUCCAUAACCUCAAGAGUGGCUGUAGACAAAAGGUUUUAGUACAGAGUCUAUGAAAUGAGAAGCUGCAGUGAAUGAGGGUGCUUGUCAGGGAUGAAGGGGACUCACUCUCUUUGGGUUAAGAUUGUGCUGCAUUUCCUCUUGGAGUAAGCCCAAAGGGCCUCAGGUCAUGUUAGGAACCACUAAACUAAAACCUAGCUUUUGCUGCUGCAGACAUAACCCUCUUCAGUUUGGUGUGCUUUGCAUUCCAGUUCUGAAGCCAGGGAACAAAGGGAAAACAGCAGUUAGCUUGUCUUAGGAUGGAUUUUGCUGAGGCUGUUACAAUCACCCUCACUGCUCUGAUUGCGUUCCAUUUAUUAGUCUUUGCUUCCCUUGUUUUCCAAGACUCAGAUUGAAAGUGUUUGUCUUAACUGGGAAGAGAAAAUACAAAAUAUAUUCUGACACUAAAUAUGUUAAAGGAUGCAUGAAAUACGAGGUGUGAGACUUGUGAAGGCUGAGUGAAGGUGAGAAGGUAACAUCGUAGUGUUGAGCAGUUCACAUAAAACACCACACCCCCUUGAGGGUUUGUUACUGGUGGCUUUGUGUUAGCAGUGCUUCAGAAAACUGUAAAAUGAGAAGAUCAGGUCAAUGUCUGACACAUCUAAUUCCCAGAAGCUUUCUCUCCACAGAAAAGAAUUGGGCCUUGAUUUCCCACCCAUUUUUGUGGUGACUAUACAGAAACUCAUCGCACUUGAAAAAUGGCAAUUCUGAGAGACUUGGAUCAUUCUCCUGCUUUGAUUCCUUGUGUCAAGAGGUAUUUGAGAGGUGAUAGACCCACACCCAUGUUUCUGAGCAGAAAUAGUAGCUUUUGUUAACGACAGCUUAAAUGUUUGGGAUAUUUAAAUUGCUCCAUUCCUUCAAUUUCUGCAACAUUUCACCACUUUGAUACUAAUUUACUGAGAA